AUGUUGAUACAAUGAGGGUCUGUGUAGCAGCCCUGCUGCUGCCUCGGUCUACCACACGGACAAAUGACUGUCAAUGGACUGUUUGAGACGGAUCUGAAUCGGUUCCUAUAACGGCUUCUCGCGCUUCGCCUCUCUGCGCUCUCACGUCCACAUUCCUCUCUGGUUGGAGAUGGAAAACAGACCGGAAGGAUUCUUUUCCAAACAAUGAUGUCGUGAGUCUUGGAAGUUUUGUGAUUUUUUUUUUCUGAGUGUAUUUUUUGAGGGAUUCCUUCCCUCGUUAAAUUAUUAUUAUUAUUAUUUUGAUGGGGGAGAUUCGCUGACUUCCAGACGCCUGGCUCCUCGUGAGGAAGAGGAAUCCAGAUUUAGCUGAAAACGUUCCUCUUGGAUGUGGCGUGAGCCGUUCUGGUGAAACUGCGUGUGCGUGCCGCGCUUCUGAAUCAUCCGAGGGAUUCAUGCUGAACGCAGCCCGUUUAUCUUUGCGCAGAGGUCGCGUCGUUAAGGCAGAGCGGAUCCAUCCUGCUGCGACUCUUUCAUGUUCGUAAAUCAUUUCACAUUUAAUUAUAGGCGGACUCUGACGAGGCUGGGAAAUAACACCAAACUGCAACUUUGAGACUUUUUAAAGACACAUUUCAUUUGGAUACACUUUUCUUUAUACAUUUAUUCUUUUUAUAACAGGUUGACCAAAAAUAUAUAUAAUUGGUGACGUCUUUCGAUAAGUUGCUUUAUUAAUAUGUAUAUUUUUUUAUUUCAUGGCGCUUUUGUUUUCAUGAUUGUGGCUCAGAGGACUUGAGCGUUUGCAAACUUAUCAGGGAUCUGCGGCUAUGAUGGGAGAAGCGACCCCGGCUCAGUCCGCCGCGGGGACUUUUGUGCCCAUGUUGGGUGUCGGGAUGGGAGGUCUGCCCGGUGGGGUCGGUGGCGGACCCAUGGUGGGCCCUUCCAGAGGCUCCGCGGUUCCUCAGCUGCACAACGCCAUCGUGGAGCGUCUGCGCGCCCGCAUCGAGCAGUGCAGGAGGCACCACUCCACCUGCGAGAACCGCUACCAGAGGGGCCAGGCCGAGAGCUUGGACCGGGAACACGAGAAUACGCUUCAUCUGCUCAACAUCGUCCACCAAGGUCCAGGGAACCGUAAGGCUAAAGGCAGCCGGGGAUCGAACCAGCAACCUCCUGAUUACAGCAGGACCAACGGAGAGCAGAAGUGCUCAGAGGGGGAGCAGAAGAUCUCCACGCGUCACGUGAUUCAUGGAUCUCUGCGAAGGAAGAUUGUAGGAAAUGCAGCAGGACACGCACUAAAACAGAAUGAACUUCCCCGUGGUUUCCCUGGAUUGGACAUUAAACGCGUCCGUGUGGACACUGGCAGUGUGAACCACAGUUUGGACCAUUUGGGCCGUUCUUUGCAAAGCUCCUCAGACAUCAAUAUCUCGAGGAUGCCUCCUGGACUGGGGUCAGACAUAUUCAAUGUGACUUUGAAAGAAAUGAAAAAGGAGCCCAUCGAGAGCCAGUCUUGUGGCCAAACAAACUCGGAGAUGAAUUUUGACUUCAAAGAAGAAGGCGGUGGUCAGAUUGAUCCAGAGCUGCAGGAUCUGUUCGAUGAACUGACCAAGUCUGUGCCCUCGCUCAAUGAUUUUGAGCUUGAGAAGAUGCUGAAGCAGGAUGAUACUUUUGGUUUAGACUUGGGUCGGCCAAGUUCAGCAGGGGCUGCUGCCAAUUUAUGCUCACCAGUGGAGAAGAUAAUAAAGACGGAGCACUCGCAAGACUUUGGGUAUACUCAUGACUGCUCGUCGCAGCUUCGGCCGGCCUCUGCAGGUCCCUCUUUCACACUGACCAGCACUUCUUCUACCAACACAUCACAGAAAGCUAAUACCCAGGCAGGGCACACCAGAACCAUGCCGUGCUGGCCUGAAAUAUCCCACGCACAGCAGCUAAAGCAGAUGGCAGCUAACCAGCAGCAGCCAACUUCUCUUCUUCAUCACCACCAACAAAACCCACAUGGGGGAAUGACCAGCUGGCCUCCAGCCAUGAACACCCACUCAACCACCAGCACCUUCCCCAAAGCCAAGAUCUCCAGCCCACCCCCUCUUAACCAGCAUCGGGUCGGGUCCCAUAACAAAGGUCUCAGCAACUGUCUCUUUAAGUCCAACGACCACAAUGGGUCCCAUCAGCUGGACUUGAAGUCUCUCAGCACCAAGCCAACAUUGCACUUCAGCCCCAAAGCCGCCCAUCCUUCCAGCCAGCCUAUCUCAAUCAUGACAGGCUCAGCGAGCAAGACAGAGCAGCAGCAAGCGUCUCAACCACCGGGCCAGAAUCAGCAACAUUCCACUCUCCACUUCCAGAACCAACAGAUCUCGUCGUCGGCAGGUCUUUGUCUGCAGCCUAAGUCUGUUUCUGCAGGGCUGCCAUUUAGACUUUCCCAGCAGCCUCCGGCCGCUCCUGCUGGUCCGAGGCUGCAGGCCAAUGGGAGCUUAGGAGUCAUGACAGCCCAGUCACAUUCACAGCCCUCAGUUCCCAGUAACCAGCACAAAGGCCCAGCCAAAAGCCAGUUCAUGCAUCGACAGGUCAAGCAGCAACAGCACACUAUCGUCAAUGCAGACAAAGACACCACACAUGACCAGUUUAGUCGGCAUCUUACAAGACCUCCACCAGAUUAUAAGCUGUCAAGAGGCAUGGUGGGAGUUCAGCAAGGAAACAUCUUCACUGGUCAAAACCCCUCCCAGUCUUCCAGUAACGGUCCAGGGAAUAACCUACAGUCCAUAUCUUGCCAACGGCCAAGCGGAUCUGCUUUGAAGAUGAGCCCUUUACCAUCAGACCGAAGAUUCGGUAUCCGGUCUGAUUGCAAUCAGAGUCCUUGCAUUGAUCAGUUCCAGCUGCAAAAUGCUCAUAAUCGAAUUGAACUGAACCAAAGUAAGCCUAGAUUCCUGGAGCCAAAUACACAAGGAAAGUCCUUUGGAAUGACCAACGUAGCAGGUGUGCAACACCAGAGAUCGACAGCUGACUUGCAUUCCUCCGGUGUGGCAGCGCAGGGUCUUGGCGGCUCAAUGACAAAUGUCGGCAUGGGUUGGGGUUCAGCCAACAAGCAAGUGACAACUGGACUCGGUGUUAGACGUCUACCAAAUCCGAUGCAGUCGCAGGGUGUGCAAGAGAUGCAGAACCGUUCUUACCAACAGAGACACAUCGGCCCACCCAACCAGGUAGCACCGGACAUCGGGAUGCUCCCUCUAAACCCCUCAAUAGGAGACGUGGGUCCCAGACCAAACCAAGCCAUGGUGGGCUGCCCAUCACCGCUGAGAAACCUGAACCAGGCCUCUCCUGAACAGAGGGUACCAGCAGGGAAUUUUACAGAUGCCAUUUCCAGCUCCGGCAGCUACCAGAAUAACAGAUCCAACCGAUUGACCUUUGACUUCCUCCCUGAGGGCGAUAACACGGUCCCAGGUAUCAACGCAGACUCAGACUUCAUUGACUCUCUGCUUAAAUCUGGCUCUGGAAAUGAUGACUGGAUGAAAGAUAUAAAUCUGGAUGAGAUUCUGGGUGGGCAUUCUUAAACUUGUAUCCCAGAAUAAAUAAAAGAUCUGCAGGUGAUGUGACGGAGUUUGUGUAACGAGGGGAAACAAUUUGUAAGUAAUGUUCAAAUGAACUUUUAUAAAUUCAUAUUAUUAUCCAUGCAUACUGAACUGUUUUGUAUUUACUGUGAAAGGAAUUAGUGUUUGGUUCUUAGUGUUUGCAUAUAUUUGUUCCUGGUGUGUUCCUCCUGUCACCGUGUUUGUGUGGACUGUAUUUCACGCUUUAGUGCUGUUCCUUUAGAUUUAAAUACAAAAUUCACACUGUGAAAACAAAACAAUUCUGACACUUUUAAAGACACGUAAUGGUUUUUUGUUUUUUUCUUUCAUCCUCAAUUCAAUUACAUGCCCCCCCCCCCCCCCCCCCAGGUUUGGAAAGAAAAGAUGUCUCCUUCUACUCUUACAAUAUUUCAUCUGUGGUCAUUCACUUUAAAUAAUGUAAUCAUUAUUUUCCCUUAUCUGAUAUUUAAUGAUUUGGAAUAGUAUUCAGACAUUAUAAGACAUGUAAUUAAAUACAUUUAUUUGAAUGAA